AUGUUGCAAAUGAUAGGAUGUAUAAAAUAUGCAAAAAAAAAAACAGUGCCAGUUAAACCUUGGAAAGAGUUGAAGAUAUGCAAAAAAUAUAAGUGUCGAGCACCGCAAAAGGAUUAUUUUUGGGACUAUUUGGAAUUGGGAGUUGGAAAAAGCGAAGAUUGUCUUUAUCUAAAUGUUAUGGCUCCAAGUUGGAAAUCGGACGAUUAUCCUAAUGGUUAUCCAGUACUUUUUUAUAUUCAUGGCGGUGGAUAUGCUUUCGACUCGGCUGUAAGAUACAGAUACAAUCAUAUGGCCAGGUUGCUAGUCACACGAGAUAUUGUUGUGGUUACAAUACAAUAUCGUUUAGGAUACUUAGGCUUCUUCUGUACUGGUGAUGACAACUGCAAAGGCAAUUUUGGAUUUUUUGAUCAGGUGACUGCUUUGCAAUGGGUUCACGACAAUAUCGCAUCGUUUGGUGGUGAUCCAAGUCGGAUAACAGUCGCUGGGCAAAGUGCUGGAGCUACUUCCGCAGACUUAUUGUCGUUAUCACCGUAUUCAAGAGCACGACCGCUAAUUGCAGAUUUAUUCGACCAGAUGAUUCUUAUGGGUGGAUCAGCCGAGUCCUCAUGGGCAAUUUGUGAUAAAGACAGAUUGGUAGAUUACUGCACAAAACACGUUAGAAAACUUGGUUGGACAGGCAGUGAUAAUGCUGAAUUAAUUGAAUUUUUACGAAAACUUCCAGCACAAAAAUUAGCAGACGGAAUGAUUGGAAAUAAAACAAUGUUUGCAACUGGUACUUUACCGCUAGGACCAAUAAUUGACGACGAUAUUUUACCUCGUCCUAUUGAUGAUUUGCGUGCCGAGAGUAAACCAAAGAGAACCAUGACUGGAAUAUGUCAAAAUGAAGGACUACUUUUUGCUGCAAUCGGUGGGAUGAAGUGCGAUAGGCAGGACAUAGAAAAUGGUGUUGGUUUAAUUUCACAAGCUGUUGCCGAUUUGAACAUAGAUGUUAGAAGUGUAAUAAAACAGAUCUAUGCUAACGGAGAAAUUGAUGGCUUGAAUCGACAUGAAAUUAAACAUCUGUUUGUAGAGAUGCUCGAUGAUGUUAUCAGUAAUUUUGCAUGCUCAAAAUAUAUUGAAAAAGUAACUGAAAAAGGUGGAACUGUUUAUACAUAUAGUCUUGAAUACUGCAAUCCAGCUGCAUAUGGAAUUUUGAAUUUUAUGAUGCCAUUUAGAGCUGCAACACAUGGAUCUGAACUGCUGUAUGCCUUCAACGUUAAUAUGUUUGUGACACCAUACGUGAGGACUCGAAAUGACCGAAAGAUAACCAAAAUAAUGACAACACUUCUUGCGAACUUCAUUAAAUUUGGGUAUUUAUCAAAAGUUUAUCUCAUUUUCUGUCGUUUCUCAAGGCAGCACUUUUGAGC